AUGGGUAUAACAACAUCUAAGACAGCAGAUACAAAGAGUCAAUCAAAGUCGAUUGAAAAUAUACUGCAUAUACAACAACGAACUUUUUCAUCAAUCGAAGAUGAAAAAGUUGAAAUAUUUACAUUGAUAUGGUUUGAUGAGCGAUCAAAUGAUACUUCACUUGAUUCAUUAAGUACGAAGGCAUUGCUUAAACAAAUAAACAAUGAUGAUUGCUUAUUCUAUCAUGAUUCGAUUACUUUUUUCAAUACUCUUGAACAAUUCAAAAAAGAAAAUAGAAAAAUUUUUCUAGUUAUAUCAGGUUCAUUUGCUCGAAAAUAUUUAUCAACCAUACAUGAACAAAUUGCAUCUAUAAUUAUUUUCUGUGGAAUCUAUAAUAAAUACGUUGAUUUACUUGAUAGAUACUCAAAUAUUAUGGAUAUAUGUACUGAACAUCAUUCUUUAAAGAGUUCCAUAGAACGUGAAUUACCUUCAUUAAAUUUUAAUUUAUUUCAAAACCAAACGUUAAAAUCAGUAAGAUCUAUAAGUUCUUCAUCAUCAGUACAUAAUUACUGCAAUCGUUCAGCUUACUUUUCAUAUCUAUCAUUCAUGGAAAUUCUCAAGCAUAUGUCUCAGACAGAAGAAGCCAAACAAAUAAUGAUCAAUCAAUGUAAAGGUUAUUAUCGUCGAAAUAAGAUUGAACUUGAAAAAAUUGAACUUUUUCGUAAUACUUAUACGUUUGAUAAAGCAAUCGAUUGGUAUACACUCGAUAGUUUUGUUUAUCGACUUGUUAAUCAUGCAUUCCGAACAGAAGACAUUGCACUUUGAGGUAUUCUAAAUGGUGAAAGUGAAGUUCUGUUCAAUAUGAAUUCAGUUUUUAAAGUUGAACAAGUCGAAUACUGUCAAGAAUCCAAAAUUUGGUUAAUCCGAAUGUGUGCAACUGAUGAAGGCACAGAAGACAUAAAACAAGAAUUAAAAUUAAUGAGAAAAAAAUUUCAAAUGUGUAAUAAUAUGAAUUUAAUCUUUGGACACCUUCUGCUACAUAUGGGACAUUAUUCACAAGCUGAAUCAUACUUUCAAAUGAUGUUACAAGUAAUGCCGAAUGAUCAUAAAGAUCGCGCAGCUGUCUAUGAGCAAAUCGGUGAUCUGCACAUGCGUACGACAAAUUGGAAUGAAGCAUUUAGAAACUUUACCUAUGCUUAUGAAAGAAAAAAGAAAUCUCAUCAACAACAAUCAAUGGGUAUCACAUUUAAUAAUUUUGGUAAUUAUUAUAAAGCUAUUGAGGAUUUUGAUAUGGCACGUAUGUAUUAUGAAAAAACAUUGAAUUGUAAAAAUGAUUCUAUCAAUACUUCCAUAACAAAAGUAAACUUGAGUAAUGUCUACCUAAUUGAAAAAAAGUAUGAUGAGGCGUUGAACUUAUGCUUACAAGCACGUGACAACCUCCAACAAUUUCGGCCGCAUCUUCCUACAGAAAUUACUUAUUGUCAAGGUACACUUGGCGAUAUCUAUUUUGCUCAAGCUAAAUACGAUUUAGCGGAAGCUUUCUAUCUAACAUCAUUUGAAUUAAGUCAAAAACAUUUAUUGAUUGGUGACCACUUACGAACUAAAUGUAUAAUGUCACUCAUUGAUCUCUAUACUAAACAAAACAACAAACAACGUGCAUUUGAAUUUUGUAAGGAACAAUUAGUUUUACAUGAACAAUAUUUAUUGAAGAAUCAUACGAGUAUUGCACAUUUAUUAUUAAAACUAGCUGAACUUGAAGAACCCCAUAAUAAUAAAAUACGGUAUUACACUCGAGCACUCAAUCUGUUAGAAAAAAAUGUUUAUUUAGAAUAUCAAUCAUUGUCAAAAUGUCUAAUAUUGAUCGGAAGUUAUUGGAAAGAACACAAUUCGAUUGAGAAAGCAUUAGAACAUUUUCUAAGAGCCAAGGAUAUUCAAACGAAAAUUUAUCCACCAAUGCAUAAAAUUUUCAGAGAAACUGAAAGUUUGAUCGAUUGCGUUCAAUAAAGACUUCGAGUGUAUCGCGUACAUGAGUUAUUUUCUUUAUCAAUAAUUAUAUUGUGAGUGUGACUUUUGUUUUCAACAGCACCAGGGCUGCCAUCUGUUCAAGUUUAGAAUGGGGUACAAAAAUUUCUAAAUCGGGUACAUGUGAGGUGCAAUACUGUUCUAAAUGGGGUGCGUCCAUGGGGUACACAAUUUUCUA